CACUGAGCCCAAAUUCUCAUCUCCCCUGGCAGUCGGGCUCCGCAAAGACAGGCGACCAACUGCUGGGCUGCCGGUGCCCCCACCUACAUUGGAGAUUAUCUCCUAAGCAGAUACCCCCUUCCACACUGGGGAUGUAGGGCUUGGAAACGAGAAAAUGCCAGGUCUGAGCGAGAGGAAAGAACAAGCCCAGCAAUACACAGAGCUCUGUGUAUUCAGAGGGAAGUUGGCAGUGUUGUGCUGGGGCAGAGAAACUCCGAGUGGUACAAAGGGACGUGCCCAGAGUGGAGAAAUCAUGCUAAUUGUGUGCACCAGAGCUGGAGAACGCCACCCAAAAUGAAGAGAGAAAAGGGAGUACUGUGCAGAAUCUCCAGGGCCCUGCGCCUCACUCCUUUCGUCUACCUUCUUCUGAUCCAGACAGACCCCCUGGAAGGGGUGAACAUCACCAGUCCAGUGCGCCUGAUCCACGGCACCGUGGGGAAGUCGGCACUGCUUUCUGUGCAGUACAGCAGCACCAGCAGCGACAAGCCUGUGGUGAAGUGGCAGCUGAAGCGGGACAAGCCGGUGACUGUGGUGCAGUCCAUUGGCACAGAGGUCAUUGGCACCCUGAGACCUGACUAUCGAGACCGUAUACGGCUCUUUGAGAAUGGCUCCCUGCUUCUCAGCGACCUGCAGCUGGCUGAUGAGGGGACCUAUGAGGUCGAGAUCUCCAUCACCGAUGACACUUUCACUGGGGAGAAGACCAUCAACCUCACUGUAGAUGUGCCCAUCUCUAGGCCGCAGGUGUUAGUGGCUUCCACCACUGUGCUGGAGCUGAGCGAGGCCUUCACCCUGAACUGCUCACACGAGAAUGGCACCAAGCCCAGCUACACCUGGCUGAAGGAUGGAAAGCCCCUCCUCAACGACUCGCGAAUGCUCCUGUCCCCUGACCAAAAGGUGCUCACCAUCACCCGCGUGCUCAUGGAGGACGACGAUUUGUACAGCUGCGUGGUGGAGAACCCCAUCAGCCAGGGCCGCAGCCUGCCCGUCAAGAUUACCGUGUACAAAAGAAGCUCCCUCUACAUCAUCUUGUCUACAGGAGGCAUCUUCCUCCUUGUGACCUUGGUGACAGUUUGUGCUUGCUGGAAACCCUCCAAAAAGCCUGGGAAGAAGAGGAAGCUGGAGAAGCAGAACUCCCUGGAAUACAUGGAUCAGAAUGAUGACCACCUGAAAGCAGAAGGUGAGCUCCCAGCCACCCACUCACCCACCCUAUCGCCACUCAGAUCAGUGGGCUGCUGGGAAAAGGCAGAACUGGGCCACAAGGAAGCCAGCUCUGCAGGGCCCCUUCCUCCGCCAACUGCACGAAGACCGCAGAGCAGGGAGAAGUGCAGCCAAGCAGACACCCUCCCAAGAAGUGGAGAGCAGGAGCGGAAGAACCCUAUGGCACUGUACGUCCUGAAGGACAAGGACUCCCCGGAGCCCGAGGAGAACCCUGCCCUGGCUGUGUUCUCCGUGAUAAGAGUUGCGCGCUCUAGAACCGUAUAG